AAUUCAUGAUUUCAACUAACUUGAACGUUACUGUAUCAGCUAUUGUAUUCAAAUAGUAAGUACAAGUACGAAAACAAACGGUCAUAGUUUAUAUUGUUGUACAAUAUUGUUGCAAAUCGAUAUUACGUUGUCAAUAAUGAACGAAGAUCCAAGAGAGGUUCUCGCUCUUCUGAAUUCUCUGGGAUUCGUUGGAAUAACUGCCGAACAACUUAAAGGUUUUAUGAAAGAUUUGAAGCUAUACAGGAAAAUAAAGGAACGCGAGAAGCAACAGAGAAAGGAACAAAUUAAACAGAAAAUAAUUGAUAAACAAAAAAAUGAUAUCAAAGAAAUUCUUAGGGAACGGAAAAAAGAGUUUCAAUCUACAGAGAAUACAAUAUCUACAGACACUUCUAAUUCUUACAAUAACGAACCUCUCGUCAAGGUGAAGGUAAAGUGCUUAAAACAAGUAAGAAAACGCAAUAAAGAAAAUAAGGAGUUAACAAAUUAUGGAAUUAGUCACACAGAUACAAAAGAAAAAAUAAAUAUUACAAAAACAAAAUCCACAAAAGCAUCUGACUAUUCCCAUGUUAAACCUGCUAGUGUAUUAUACGAUGACGAAAAUAGUACUGGUUGCUUAGAAAGUAGAAAAAAAUAUCCCGACUUGUCGCAACAGGAUUCUUAUACGACAAGAAAAUAUAAAGUAAAAACAAAAAAUAAUAAUAUAGCACAUCAAGAGGAACUAACAACUUUGCAAUCUGUUCGUCCUAUGAGUGCUCCAAAUAUAUUGGAGCAUGAACGUAUUGGUAGCAGUCAAACAAAGAGUAUAUUGUCCACAAAAACCUCUCGCUCUGGAGUCAAGUCAUUUAUUAGACCAUGGAAAUUACAACCGGAAGCUCAAAAAGGUUCAAAUAUUAAAAAAUCCGAUCCAGUUGCGCUUUAUCAAAAGUAUCAGCAAGAAUGGAAACAGAUAUCCUUUCCUGGAGAAGCUAAACACGCGGGUCUAAGAUGGGCAAUCCGCGAAAAAAUGUUAGGCUACGAUCCUCACUCCAUGCCUAUUCCCAAAAAAUCGACCAGCAUGCCGAUACUAAAGAAAAAAUAACCUUUGUAAAAUUAGGACUUGAAUUUCAUAGGAUUGAAUAGUUGGAAGGAAAGUAAAUCUUAUCGACACCUUUUUCUAACUACCAUAAGAAAGAAAACUGUUUACUGUUAAAAAUAAAUAUAAAUUGACAAACAUUGGA